AUGACGGACGGGAAUGGGAAUGGAGCUGGGCCACAUCCGCUAGCAAGCCCAGCACUUAGCCCUGUCCACAGCCCAACCGGCAGCGCCGGUCCAACAGAUGGUGAGACUCGUCUUUUGAAGAUUCUUGCAGGAGUGCAGCAGAACCAGCAAGUGUUGACCGAGCUUGUGAGGAGCCAGUCUGAAUCCCGCGCCGCAGCAGCCGCUGCGACCACAUCCUACUCAGGUCUAGCGGCCAAAGACCUGAGCAAGGUGUUGAGGCAUCCUUCAACCUUUUCUUGUCAGACCCGAGAUGAGGAGCUGAUCAAGUGGCCAGCAUGGUCUUGGGAGUUUGAGCAGUAUUGGGGGACCUUAGAUAAGGAGUUUCAGGUGGAUUUCACUCGCUUGAAAUCGAAUCCGAAAACUGAAGUUCUCCCUGCACAGCUGAGCGCCACUGAGCUCGACAGGUCACGCAUCAUGUAUGGCCUGCUUGCAUCGCUUUUGAACGACCGUCUGAAGCGUCUUCUUAAGACUGUGUCUGACAAUAACGGGUACGAAGCAUACCGCUUGAUCUCGCUUGACCUUCGCCCUUCAUCCCGCACCAGAGCCUUGGCCCUCAUGCAGACAAUCCACAAUUGGCCUGUGUUCGACAACAAGCAAGGCCUCCUGACUCAGGUUGUUAGGCUUGAGCAGGCGAUGGCAGAGUAUGACUCGAUUGCAUCACAGGCCAUGUCCGAUGAUCAGAAGGUUAUUGAUUCCUGGACAUAUGCCGAGUUGCGAAGUUUGGUUGCUAGAUAUGAUGCUUCUUCGUCAAAGUGGAGUGCGUCUGUUGCAGCGACUUAUGGCCUGUCAGAGGGCAAAGGUGGUGUGCUUGUGAAUGCGCCUGCGUCAUCCAGUGAAGCCGUUCCAAUGGAAAUCGACCGUCUUCAAAAGGAGAUUGAUAGGCUAAGCAAAGGCAAGACUAAGAAGGGUGAUAAGGGUGAUAAAGGUGGUAAGAAGGGCAGAUAUGACAAGGGUAAGAAGGGUAAGGGUGAUGGUAAGAAAGGGGAUGGUAAGGUUGAAGACGCCGCUGUUGCUGACAGCAGUGCCGCAAAUGCUGACACAGCCUUGUCAGCUGCCCCUGCCAAGUCAAAACCUGCUGCAAAGCCCCAGGUGAGACGAGUCACCUACAACCUCGAUGACUUUGAUGAGUCAGCCGGAGGUGAGAUCCGCAUGGUGUCAGGUUGUGAUUCUUGUGUGGAGAGCCAAGACAAAGUAGACAGGCAAAGCAAGGGAGCUUCGGGUUUCUUUUGCAAGGCACUGAGCAUCUUUUCACGUUGUGUGCCAUCGAGGUGGUGCGUUUUCCACAAUGCAUUGCCGAGUGAUGCACAGAGCGAGGCUGAGCACGCUUCGGGCGUGUGUCAGCGUGAUGUGGCUGAGCACGCUUCGGGCGUGUGUCAGCGUGAUGUGGUUGAGCACGCUUCGGGUGUGACCCCGACCAGUGGAUCAGUGCGCAUGGUCCAGCAGAAUGCCGAGCAUGGCAUGGAGAUCGAAGUCAUAAUUGACUCAGGUGCCGACGCCUCUUGUCUACCGCAAAACCUCAGCAUGCUUGGAGUUUCCUCUGGAAGGCCAUGGGAAGGUUUUCAAGAUGCCCAAGGGAAUCAGCUGCUAGUUCACGGGACUAGGCGAGCUGAGCUGAGGUUCGGUGAUCAGCCUGGAUUCACCGAAACGUUCUUGGUUGCUCCCCACAUCACCACACCUCUUCUCGCAGUUGGGAAGUUGUACCGCGCCGGAUUCAGCAUGGUGAACGAAAAUGGAAACAUGAGUCUUUCGCAGCCCCCAUGGAGAGAUCCAAAUCCCAUUGCAUUUCAGGCAGAAUAG